CGGACGGUUCUUCAGCGCAUUUCAAUUAGAAGAGAAAUUCAUGGGUGCUGACUUGGUCAUCUUCUUUUGGAAAAGUACUUAUAGGAAGGAAGUCCACUGCAUGGCGAUAUCGGGAUAUCAACCCAAGGAGCUUGUACUUGAUUCUCAUCAAAUCCACCCAAGAUUCUCUCAGUUGCUCCAUUGCCUCGUUACGCCAACGCAAAGAUGGCUCUUACUCCCGAAAACGAUAUUUCAGCCGAUUUACCGUUCGAGAAACGCAUACUUCAUGUUCUCGGAAGCGACAUGGCCUACGUAGACACCGGCUCCUCGCCCGGGUCGGCGACCAUCUUCCUUCACGGCAAUCCAACAUCGUCCUAUCUUUGGCGCAACAUCAUUCCGCACGUCUAUGGGAAAAACCGCUACAUCGCACCGGAUCUAAUCGGUUUCGGAGACUCCGGCAAGGUCCCCGGGCUCGAGUACCGCGUCGCCGACCACCAGAAAUGCCUCGACGCCUUCCUGGAUGCGGUGUUGCCAACAGAGAAGACCACACUCGUCCUACAUGAUUGGGGUUCCGCUAUCGGCUUCGACUGGGCCCGGCGUCACGAGAAUCGUGUUGCUGGACUGACCCUGAUGGAGUUCAUGCACCCUUCCUCCAGCUGGGAAACGGCGCCCAAAGCCAUGGCCGACAACUUCAAGCCAUUCCGAGAACCCAAGAUUGGACGCGAAUUGAUUAUCGACCAAAACGUUUUCAUUGAGAGGAUCCUGCCGGGGAGUUUCGUUCGUCCGCUUUCUGAACAAGAGAUGACGGAGUACCGUCGUCCGUUCCUUGACCCAGCUUCCCGCGAGCCACUUUGGCGGUUUCCUAACGAGAUUCCCAUCGGAGGGCAGCCUGAUGACGUAGCAGAGAUGGCGGAGAAGUACAUGGCUUGGCUUUUUCAGGCAGAGCUGCCCAAAUUAUUUUUCUGGGUCACUCCUGGCGGCACGAUUGGUGAAGAAAAGGCAGUGGAGUUGAUGAAGAAGUUGCGAAACACUCGGAGCGUCUACCUGGGCCCUGGAGUUCACUUUGUGCAAGAGGAUCAUCCUCGUGCCAUCAGCCGUGAGAUAUCUCACUGGCUCCCAUUGUUCUCAAGAGAGUGGCUAGCAGCGGUAUACAUGUUUAGGAGUUGGUUGAAUGAGGAUUGGUUUUGAAAAGAUGUGCUAUCUAGGAGCUCUGACAACGGCGUCUUGUUUCUUUCACGGUGAACGGAACGCAGACUUUUUUAAUACGAAUUUAUCGAUGAGACUAUCUUCAUUUCUAUCAUUCUUGGUAGACGAUCCUGUCGGUUCUCCUAAACUGAAACCCUAGUAUGCCUCGAGGUCACACAACGAAAUCACCGAGGCCUCGAGAGCAAUCCUCAAGAUUGUCCAAGGAACCGUAGUCGCAAAGCAACC